AUGGCGGACACCGUUCCCGUUUGCGAUGUUCUUAGUGAAGCAAUGGAAUAUUUAUCAAAACUGGGAUCUAACUUGCGAGUUCGAUCGGAAAAUCUUAAAGAGAAAAGAUUGAAGAAAGAAAAAUUAAAGAAUUCUCAUGCCUUGCAGAAAGCCGCAAGUAAGGUUCUUUUGAUAUGUGAAUUGUCGAAGAAAUCUAUUGAAAAUGUUGAAACCGGCGUGAAGAAAGUACUUACUCGGAUCGCCGCUAAUCAAAGCAACGUUAGUGAUGGCGGGAAAAUUGCAAGUCGCAAAUCGUCAUUCGUUGACAACGAUGUUAAAUAUGAAUACUUUGAUUAUAAAUCUCGCAAGUUAAAAAUUAAACAAAAAGUUAACUUAGACCACUACAUGUCAGUUAAAGUGUUAACUAAACCCUUGCCAAUGGAUAUGCAAGAAAGGUAUCCAGUUUAUCACGACUGUGAAUUAUAUAGAAACAGGAAGAAACAAAUGUGCAACUCGGAGAACAAUAACAAGGAUUCAUCAGAAACAAAGGAGCUGGACAGCAAUAUUAAUGUAGAAGGUAACAGCUCUAAUACGGAUAUAUCUAAUCAGGAUAAAGAAAAUCAUUCAGAAAACACAGAAAUUAUUGAUGAUGUCAGGAAACGCAGACUAUCCAAAACAAAAGGCAGUAAAUCAACUAAAACCAAGAAAUUUAAAAAUAUAAAAGUAAUCAGCGAUAGUUCGGGUAGUGAUACAGAAAAGGAAAACAAAAAUGAAAAUGAUGUGGCUGCAACUCAAACUUCAAUUGAAUGUGAUACAUAUAAUAAAGAGACAAGUAAUGAUGAAGCAAAUACUGGUGAUAUAACAUCUACUGUGAUUCCGGACCCUGGUAGUACAGAACAAAAUAAAUACGAGGGAAAUGAAUUAGACACAAAUUUAACAAUACCAAAGGAAAAUUAUAACACGGAGAGUAAUGUAACGUUGAAUGAAAAUGAAAAUAAACAAAAUGAAUCAGAUGUAGAAGAAAUUCCUGUUACAUCAAUCGAUAGUAAUAUAAAUAGCAAUGAAAAUACUGAAAACGUUCCAUCAUCAAAUGAUGUGAACUGUUCAAAAACUGGUGAUCAGCGUGAAGAAGAAAUGUCUGUUGAUAAAACAGAUGAAAUAAAAAAUAAUGAUAGCCAGAGUUCAACAAAUAAACCAUUUAUUAAAUGUGUCAAUAUAAAUAAACUAUUGAAAGAUGAUAAGAAAGCAUUCCCAACUAAAAAUGAUAAGGAAGAUAAUAUAAUACAAAAAAAUAAGCAAAAAGACAACAGAAAUAGGAGGAAAAGUAAUAAUUUAAAGGGUUUUGAUCAAAAUAAGAGAAAGCCUUUAAAAGAGGGUCAAAAACACCAAAGUGGAGACAGUGCCAAGAAAAAUGAUGAUGAUGAAUAUUGGAGAGUGAAGCGUAGUGAAGUGGAAAAGUUUAAGCCUAAAGAUUUCCAUAUUAAUAUGAUGAGACUGCCAGAAUUCACUCAAGAUUACCUAACAAGCAACGGCUUGAAAAGAAUUACUCAAAAUGGAAAUACUGUGCUUGAAUUUACCAAAGAGACUGAAAAGAGUAUAUCUAAAGACGUCUUGAAUGUUAAAAGCUCUCUGUUGAAUGACUCUGACUCAGAAAGUGAAGAGAAUUUACAAAAUCUGGCGGAAAAUCUUAAAAAAGACCUUAACAAAACUAAUAAGGAUGAUGGAAAUCCUGAUUCUAACGAAGUUGAUGUAAGUCAAAGCAAUCAAUGUGAUGAAUCUAUUGAAAAUACUGAGAGCAAUAAUCUAGAAGACAGAAGUAAAACACCUGAUGACACUGUUAGUAACAAAAAUGAUUCUACAAUAGUAGCACAAGAUGAAGUUAAAUCAUCCUUGCUGAAUGAUUCAACUGAUGAAAGUAGUCCGAAUAAGAAGAGGAAACGACAUAGCAAUAGUGUCUCACUACCAUCGAAACGAAAACACAUGAUGGAGAGCAUACACGCUAAGAAAAUGUUGCUCACAUACUCAUCGAGCUCGGACACAGAGGAUGAAUCGUUAACGGGUACUCUGAAAAAAAUAAGAGAUUUUCUGUUAACAGGGAACUCUUCGGGCGAUGAGAAAAAUAAAGAUAAAAACGAAAAUGAGUCGUCUGAGUCGAGUUCGAUAUCUUUGAAUAAAAGAAAAAGAUCUCGAAGCAAGAUUGAGGAAAAUGUAAAAGAUAAAGAUAUAUCAGAUAGUGAAUCUAAGAAAACAUCGAGCCACACAGAUGAUAACGAAGAUGUAUCAUGUUCCAGUUCCAAAAAGGUUAGGAGAGAGUGA